AUGUCGACCGCCGUUGCGUCUGCCACCGCUGCUCCGUUGGCUUCUCCGCACAUCAACCACGAUCGAAGUCCGAAAAAUUGCCCAACGCUGGCCCCCAUGAAUUCCGGCAAUCAGCCUAGCACCACCCCGCCUCGGCCGUCGGGUGCGUCUCGAGAUGGUUCUUCGACCAAAAGCUCUCCCUCCGGGAAGAAGCAAACGUCUCCUUCUUCACAGAACGGAAGCAACCCUCCUAAAGUGAUCGUCAAGAAAGAACCACCCUCGUCUCCGGCGAUGCAAACGCACACUCGUCCCCGACCCCGGAAACUAGACCUUUCCACCAGUCUUCCGACUUCCGGAGGCCUGUCAGCUCGCCCUCCAGGCGGUCCCAUGACCGCUCGAGAUGGACUUACUAUGCAAACCGUCGGUAUUGCUUGUUUGUCACCCGGGUUCCAGACCCACGAUCCCAUCAUGAGAGAACAGCUUCAGCGGAGUUUGUCCGUACGAGACCAGCAGAGGUCAAUUAUCGAGUCGCGGCUGAACAAGUCCGCUAAGGAUGACGGCCCGGAUGGUGUGAAACCGUCCGAGUCUGCGUUCGGAAUCCCCAAGACCGCUUCCUCCAAGAGGAGGCCUCCCGGCUUGUCAAUCGUUCCUCCGUCUGCCGCCCAGUUCGCCAACGAACGUGUCGUUCAAUCCGCUCCGCUGAAUCAAACCUUCACGGGAAGGCAUCAGGCUCAGCCGUUGACCCGCCAUCUGGUCAACCAGAGCCCUACACUGGGCUCGACCUCUCACAUCCAUCAUGUUCCUGCCACUCAAACGAACAACCGUCUUCCACCACUUUCCGAUGUCUUCGGAUCUGACGCAUUGGGCUCCCGUGACCGAGAGGCAAAUCGCCCUCCCUAUUAUCAAGGUGCAUCCGGCUCGAAUUCAUCCCAAUCAAAUAAUCUGCCUCCCAUGCCGUCCCCUAGAAUCCCCGCUAGUGCUACGCAGGCCUCCAACCGGCCUCGAGAAUAUCGCUCCGCCGAAGAAGCCGUCCAAGAGCUAUCGGGUGGCCGGGAGGAGCUGUUGCCGCGUAUCGUCCACUACGGAGGCCAUCAGCCCCCGACUCCGCCGUCGCCGCGUAUCGGCAACGGUCCAAAGUCCGCUAUGGCCCAGCCGGAUGCUCGGCCUAUGACGAACGCCCACGCUCCCCCACCGCCUCAGCCAACGGCGUAUCCAUCGGAGGGCACUGCUCGCCGUCGCCCUCGCAGUGAAUAUGAGCAGGACAACGGAAGUCCCCCCUUGGGCCAUGGCCCCGAGCCACACUACCGACCCAAUCCGGCUUUGGCCUCGGGCGCAGGCGCCACGUAUGGACCUUUCGGAGCAGGAAGAGACUCACCCGAAACCCAGCGGAGAAAGAAAGAGGAGUUUUUGGGCCUGUGUGCAAGAGCCUGGGAUUUGUUCCACUCUUGA